UGUCGUAACUUCCUACCCCGGGGGGUUACCCCCCCCCCUCCUCCUGUUUGCCCUUUGCCCGUGCAGGUUUACGUGGGGGAGCUGCCCCCCGACUUCCUGCGCCUCACCCCCACGGCCGAGCAGCAGCAGCUGCUCCUGGACGAGGCCACCGCGCAGAGGCUGCAGUACGGGAUUCCCGCGGGGGUUCCCGCGGGGGUGCCCGGGGGGGUCCCCGGGGGGUUCCCCGUGGGGGUGGCCGGAGGGGCGCACCUCCCCACCACGGGCAGGCUUAGCCUCACCAUCGUGCAGGCGAAGCUCGCCAAGAACUACGGGGUGACGCGCAUGGACCCGUACUGCCGCGUGCGUCUGGGCUACAGCGUCUACGAGACGCAGAGCGACUACAACGGCGCCAAGAACCCGCGCUGGAACAAGCUGCUGCAGUGCGCCGUGCCGCCCGGCGUCGACUCCUUCUACCUGGAGGUGUUCGACGAGCGGGCGUUCUCCGUGGACGACCGCAUCGCGUGGGCCCACGUGCCCAUAGGGCCCGGCGUCCGUGACGGCCUGGUGCAGGAUGAGUGGUUCCCCCUGAGCGGCAAGCAGGGGGACGACAAGGAGGGCAUGAUCAACCUCGUCAUGACCUACGCCGCGGUCCCCGCUGUGCACCCACACACGGUGCUGCUCAUGCCGCACGUCCACGUGCAGGGCCUGGGCUACGUGCCCAGCACCGGCGUCCCGCUGGUUGCGAGUGCCGGCGGCGUGCCCACGAUGUCGCCCGCGGGGGCCCCGUACAUCCCCGUCAACCCCGGCAUGACGGCCGCCCCCUCCACCGCCGCCGGGAUGUUGGCGGCACCGGGCGGCCAGGCGCCGCCCCUCCACCCCGGCGCGGUGGCGGCGGCGGAGGAGGAGGCACGGGGGGUGGGGGCCCUGGCGGAGGCGUUCCCCCUCGUGGAGGAGGAGGUGCUGCGCUCCGUGCUGCACGAGAAGAGGGGCGACAUCGCGGCCGCCGCCAACGCCCUCCUCGUCAUGAUGGGCGGCGGAGACGACGACGACGAGGGGGGAGGGGGCGGGGGCGGGGGCGGGGGCGGCGGGGGGGGGGGCGCGCGCUGACGGCGGGCUCGCCCGAUCGAUCGAUCGCCCGAUCGAUCGAUCGCCCGCCCGCUCGAUCGCCCGAUCGAUCGCCCGCCCGAUUGCCCGCCCGCUCGUCCGCUGCGAUGGAUUCUGCCAACUCGCCCGACUCCUACCCCGCCCCCCACCGUGAUGGACUCUCCCGCAACAACCCCCCCCCACCAUGAUGGACUCUCCCGCAACAACCCCCCCCACCGUGAUGGACUCUCCCGCAACAACCCCCCCACCGUGAUGGACUCUCCCGCAACAACCCCCCCACCGUGAUGGACUCUCCCGCAACAACCCCCCCCACCGUGAUGGACUCUCCCGCAACAACCCCUCCCACCGUGAUGGACUCUCCCACAACAACCCCCCCCACCGUGAUGGACUCGCCCGCAACAACCCCCCCCCACCGUGAUGGACUCUCCCACAACAA